AGCUUAGUGGUGGAGACGUGAAGUCAUGUGACCGUGGUGGAGAUCCUUUAUAGCCUAACGUUAGCUUUUUACUUCUAAUGAUUCAGUUCACUCUUCAAAUAUAGUAACAGUGGUGUACAUUUGUGAAGAUUAUUUGCUGAACAAAACUUGUAAGUAUUGUAAACAGUUUAUUUUCUGCAAUAAUAAAAGAUCUGAUGGAAGAAUCCCAUUGGAUUUGUGUAGAAGGAACCGGGGCGAUUAUAACUUCAAACCUUCAGCGAGGAACUUUGGGGAUGGCAGAAUCCUCUUUCCUUACGUAGAGGAUGGUCUAGGUGUCCUAUGCUCAAGGAGAUAAGAAAGGAUGCAUUGAAGUACCUUUCCUUAGCCUCUAGAAGAAUGUUCUUGGCUGCCACAUGAUGCUUCCGGGUCAUGCAAACAUUAUAAGUUAGUUCUAGUGUCCACAUGUUAUUGCUGAUGUUUGCUGUUGUCUUCCUUUGCUUUUGUUUAGUCUCGUUGCAUGUUUCCUUAAAGCUGCAGCGCGUCGCUCUCUCAGGGCCACCGUAUGGAAUGAAGAGGACCAAACAAUUCUACCCACUGAUAGAAAUUGGGUGGACAAAAUAAUAGAAAUACCUCAGCAUACACCUCAAUAAAAAAAGCUCCAACACAAAGUGAACCUUUCAUGAGGGGAGGAUUUCCUGGAGGACUUUUGUAUUUGUUACAAGUUGGUUCCAAAUUGUUUCUUAAUAAGGAUAUCGUGUCUGUGACUCAGAUGAAUAUCCUGUUACAUACACGGUAGGAACACAGCAGAACAGAGACAGCUUGUUGAAUCAUCCGAUAGGAGUCCCAGAUGAGAUUUGAGUGUGGACCGGCAUAAGGAGAGCAGGGAGGAAACCUGCCCCUCCCGCUGCUGACUAUAAGACUGCAGGUCCACAUCAGUCCGUCCACACAGGCAGGAUGCACUCCUCAUGCCGCCCUUCUCCCACCCCCUCUCCUCUCCAGGUGUUGUGUGUUCGGAUGUGUGUGCUCUACUCCACCAUGUGCCUGGCCGGCUGGCCGCUGUCCUCGGAGGCAGCCCGACUCCGCUGUGGCACGGACCUCCUCAGCGACCUCAUAUUCGUGUGUGGGGACCGUGGGAUCUAUAUAGGUAAAGGUACGUGGUCUGGUUACGGCACUCGGCCCAGGGGGAAGGGGAUAGUGGACCAGUGCUGUCGGUCGGCUGGCUGUGAACUUCAGCUUCUGGAGAUGUACUGUGCCAAACCAAAGAGCCAGCAGCAGACGACAGCUUACCCAACCACAACCACGGCACCUCACACCACAACCACGGCACGUCACACCACUACACAGCUAGACACGACUCAGCAGUUCCAAGCAGUUUUUCAGAAGAGACUCUCUGAGCACCUGGGAGCUCCUGACAGUCCAAAGAGGGAAGCUUACAGAAAGAAAAUGCAGCCUUCCCUCCGACGGAAAAGCAAAGUUUCAUCGUCUCGCAGGAGGAUUAAAACAAAGACCACAACCAGCGGGGCUCCCUCCACCUCUAAGAGUCCCCUUCAAAGAAUGGCGACCGUUAAAUCGUGA